AUGCGGGUGAUACUUGCAAGUUGAAAGCUUGGGUGUUGCAGAUCUUCCUCGAAGUGACUCGCCCCCAUAUCUUGACGACAACUAUGGAUGAUCCAGAGGUGUCUUCGAAACCCCGCUCAGGGCGCAUUAUUCUCGAAGAUGACGAAGAAGAAAGGGGGACUUGCCCCGACCAAGAAGAUCAGUGCAGCGGAGCCGGCAGCCAAACAAUCAAAGAUUUACCCUUUGUGUGUUUUCCAUGCGCGAACUUGUUGGGAGAAGACGUUGACUCGGUCCAUAAUGACAAUGACGACGGCUGGACAUACACGGUCAAAUACGACAACUUCUCCGAGCUCGAUAUCUGCUGCACCAGAUGCAGCAUCUCCGAACAUCAGCGCCAAAUCGACACGCGUGGACACUGCGCACUGUGCGAUAGGGCUGCUUGUCGUGAGUGCACUGCUCUGCUCAGGGUCAAGACCAGCGGCCCAUCAAGCGAAGGUGAAGGCGACGCCUGCAUCGUCUGUCGCCUCUGCGACCACGUUCUCGAUAUAAAUCUUGGCUGUCUAUGUGUGUCCGAGCGCCGCUACGAUUUCCUUAUGGGAAAUCUGGAUACAACUCCUCGAGGAAUAUCCUAUGCCGUCGUCAAGGGAGCAAAUGACAGCUUCUGUGGCAGGGAUACGGAAGCCAAAAUCUUUGCGGACAGCUCGGAUGAGGCGUCUAUUGCUACAAGUUGCGAAGAGGAUGGCGACUGCUCUGAGACAAUGGACAACGUCAAUCUCGACGCUAAUCAAACACCUGCUAUCCAUCGCGUGGUUUCUUCGCAAAAUGUCACGGCCGAGCAGGUGGAGGCGCCCCUGUCUCCUUCGCAGAAGGUGACGCUGGUCCCCGAACAAGAAAUGACGGACGUUCAGUUAGUGCCAAGUAGUGACGUACCGGCUGUGCCUGGAGCGUACUCGGAGUCUUCAAGCGCCGGACUCUCCGAGGUCGCUGUUGCCCACAUUCCUACACCAGUAGCAGCAGCUGCUGCGCAAGAAUACAUGGGCACGCCGAUAAAGUUUUCAAACAGGCGCAAGCAUAGCAGCCAUUCGUUUGCAGAGGAGAAUCUCGCCGCUUCUCCAUCUGGCUCCAGCACUGAUUCAGCCAUCAACCUCAGCAACUCUCCCAGCCCAUUUGACCGAGAGUCAAAGCGCACGAGACGUGAGCGUGCACGUGACAUGCUUGCAGCCGGUGUUGUUGGAAGCAUCGUCGGUGGCAUCAGCAUGUUCGCUGGCCUCGCAGCCCUUGGCGCCUCUACCGAUUGAAUGACAAGCGUCCCCCCAACCUCGAUGAAUACCGAGCUCGAUUUCCGAUUCGCCUCGUCGGUCCGCACAAAUUCAUUUUCACAAGACUCACAAUUAUCACAAUGUUGACUUAAGAGGCCACAGCUGAACCUGUUCGCAUCGUUACUUUUCACAAUUUGUUCAUUGCACUUUCGCAUUCGUCCGCCCACAUUGGAGAAGUACCCAUAUUUGCUCCUGUCCCAGCAUGUAUAACUUUACCUUGACCUGUAUUUUUAACUGUUGUUUCAAUUCAGAGACUUUGCAAGAUCACAAAGA